AGUUCCAGUAUUGAUCCGUUAGAUAGUUGCAUCGUGAAUCAUGGAGAUGCAGUGGAUUUUAUUAUUUGGGUUACUUAAUGCAUUUAAAGUGACCAUGACCCAAUCAGAUACUGACUUGUGUAUUACAAGACAUGAAUGCGGUAAAGAGUACGACAUGGCUAGAUAUGAUUCGGUUUACCUCAAGUAUAAUGGAUAUGAUUUGGGGACAGACCGAUGCUUUGUGGAAUUUCUAAAUGGAGACUCGAGUGAAAAAGUCAUUUGUAUAUCUGCAGAGAAACUGUCUGUUUACUGCCAAACAAAGUUGGAAUAUCAUGAAGAUUAUGUGAAGGAUUACAUAAACCCAGAAAAAAGAAUAACUUGCGGAGAGUCAGCUCUUGAUGAAUGGUGCAGCGAAAAGUAUACAGAUCGUGUAUUCAUCGUGAUUAGGAAGUCUGGUGGGAGUUCAUAUGAUCGUUUUCAGCUACGGCUGUAUCGAAAGGAAUUGGAAGUCUCUGACAUGUCUUCUACUACAACCAUCUUGCUUGUCGCUCUCCUGCCAGGAAUGCUAAUUUUGAUCAUUUGUUUAAGUGCUGUAUGCAUUGUUUAUUGCCGUAAGUCACAAAGACAUGAUGCGAGGAGAGCACAAUAUCAAACUACGUCAGGCACUAUUACUCUGCAAACAGGUCAAGGUUAUUCCACCUCAUCGCAGCCAGUAGCUGGAUACCAGCCUGUACUGCAGGAAGCUGGAUUUCAGCAACUGCCAAGUGGUUAUUAUAUACAUCCAAUGCAGUCUGCAGUACCAGUCAAUCAAAAUACCAGUGUGGUUGCAGGAAAUCAGCCUCCGGUAUCCGCAUCAGCUCCACCAAUACAUCGAGAAAGUACAGCCCCACCUCGAUAUGACAGUUUGUUUCCAGAAAAGUAGUACUGCUUAUAUUAAAGUGCUUGAAGUGCUCUUUAUCAUACAAGUCAUUCAUUGCAACCAGUAUUUGAUAUGCUAAUAGUCUCUACUUUGUUUCGCCGUCACAUUUGAUAACCCUGUGUUUGACUGAGUUCUGUGCCACGACAUCUCUUAGUCGCUUUCUUGAUGAUUGAAUGCAAGCUCUUAUAAGGGUGAUUUACUUGUUGUGUUAAAGGCAUUUACAAGAAAUUCAUAUGAGCCGUGUCGUGGGAAAACCAACAUAGUGGCUUUGCGACCAGCAUGGAUCCAGACCACCCUGCGCAUCCGCGCAGUCUGGUCAGGAUGCAUGCUGUUUGGUAACUGUUUCUCUAAUUGCAGUAGGCUUUAAAAGCGAACAGCAUGGAUCCUGACCAGACUGCGCAGAUGCUCAGGCUGGUCUGGAUCCAUGCUGGUCGCAAACCCACUAUGUGGUUUUGUCAUGGCGCGGCUCAUUUUUAAAAAAUGUAUGAGGUUUGCUUUAUGUAAAAUCAGGAUGUAGAAGAACAUAACAGAUAUUCGAUUCGGCCAUAUCCGGCAACGUUAACAUUCUGUUUCUUGCCAGCAAAGUACUUAAUAGUUUUGUGGAGGGGAGAGUAAUUUACUUUCAACUUGGCCUGCGAAGUAAGAUUAUAACAUUAAGAAAAACUUAUGUAAAAUCUGAAAUUAACAGAAAGUAACAUUGCAUCCAAAAAAUCCAUUCUUUGAUAUCAUUCAACAGACUCUCUUACCUACAGGAUACCCCAACCGGAAAAAUAGAUUUAUUUUAGUUUUCUUACAACAAUACAUUUGUAAUAAAAUUAAUUUAAAGAAAUCAUUUCAAUUUUUGGAACUCACACUAAUAGAUGGUCACUAUUUAAUAUGAGUGGUCUGGUAUCUAGAGUUAACUUAUGGAAGACUUUGUAACAAGUGGAUCAUCUUUUCAACGCGUUCACAUCAUUCUUUUAUACAGGACCAAAGCCUUGUUAUACAGGUAAAGCUUGCUAUUAUAAGUCCCAACUGGUUGAAAACCAGUUUCAAGGACUAUAGGAAUGCACUUUUUCCGUCCGCCAUUCUGUCCGUCUUUCCGUCACCUAGAACCUUAGCUUAAAAGUCAAGGUCACACUGAGAUCAAAGGUCAAUAGGAUUUUUUCCAUGCCGGUCUAUAACUUUGUCAUGCAAAACAGGACUUAAAUAUCAGUUGGCACAAAUAUUCCCCUGCAUGAGACAACGUGUCAUGCGGAAAACGCGGGCCCUUAGCUGGAAGGUCAAGGUCAGAGUUAGAGGUCAAAGGUCAAAUUCAAGAAUGACUUUGUCCGGAGCAUUUCUUCUUAUGCAUGGAGAGAUUUUGAUGUUACUUGGCACAGAUGUUCACUACCAGGAGUCAUCCUUGUAUUUAGAAUAACUUCCCUUUGUUGUUACCAUAAAUAGCUUAUAUUUUAACUUUUUUAUUACUGGACGUAGGAAAAAAACUGCAGGGCUUUUCAUCCUUGUAUAAUAGUGGCCUAUAUCAGGCCACUUCCCAAUCCAAAAAUGUACUAUUUUUUCCCAACUGUGGCAGAGAUAUUUCCCAAAAUGCAUGGUAAGAUUUCCCAAAGUCAAGGGUAUUGUCAAAGAAAUCUGAUUACAAAUCUCAUUAGAAAUAGCCCCUGGUCCAGUAUGUGUUUACGCAUAGUCAAUCUUUAUUUCAGUCUUUAGUGCAAUACAACUACCUAAAAUAACAGAACAACAAGACACAAUAAUAAAGUUUAAAUCAUGUAACUCCUCAAUUGAAUAUAUCAUAGUAAAGAAUCGAGAUUAAUGACCUGAAUAUGCAUCAUCUAAAAAUAGACUCCCACCAAAAAAAAUUUACGUAAUGAAAUUAUCCCAGGUCACGUGAUUAUUUUAGCUUCCAACAUUCCAGAUUUGCAAGUGCUUUCUUUUGCAUACUUUUUUACUCUUCCUGAUUUGUUUUUCGACUUUGUGUCAAGUGUACAGGUACUCGCUGGUGUAGUCGCAUGAUGAAAACAUCCGGAAUUGAAAUACAGACUGCAAGACAAAUGCUUCCAAAUAGCAUAAUGUGUACUGCACUUGCAUAUUUUUAAAAAAAAAACCUUUGGAUUAUGAUAAAACUGUUAAUACUUAGAUUAGUUCUUAAAUAGUUCAGUUUGUACCAAAAAUGACAGAACAUAUUUUUCUCAUUGCAUUAUUAAACAUUUGUAACAUUAUGCUGAAUCAAUAUCCCUUAAAAAGAAUAUUUUAUAUGCGCUAUAGAAUUUUAGGAACCUUUUGGUAACCUAAAUCUUGUAUUUAUAGAUGUUGUAUCAACAACUGUAGAUUUUUGUAUAUCAUGCAAAUUUUAAUCCAAGUGUUUUGUAAUAACAUAUUGACUAUAUAGCACACUAUUGUUUAUACGCCAUGAUUGACAGAUAUCAGUUCAUUAUGUUAUUCUGCAGAGAAAAUUUGUAUUGCAUGGCAAAACUUCAUUCACUUGUUUUGUCGAAAUUAUGCAGCUUUUUGCAAUUUUCAACGUGUAUUCUCUGCUAGUUUCAAUUUGGGACAAUAGGUUUGCCCAACGUCCGUCUAUAUGGCUCCUCUGAAUAUUUCAAAAGUGAAAAAAUAAGACUAUCAUGAGAUUGUUCCUCUUAUUUAAUUGUAAACUCAGGACCACAGUUGCCAUUUCUAUGGGGAAAAAAUAGUUAGAAUUCUUUCGUACCCCUUCACCUGCUAUGAAUGUAUGUAUUUUGAAGGUGGCUUCUCCUGUCCAAAUGGGAUAUAUUUUGACUGAGAUAUAUUUUUGGUAAUUAAAGACUCCAGAAAUAGACUGAAUGUGUACACUGAAGAACUUCAGUUUGGAUUGAUGGAUUUAACCGAAACGUUACAUACAAGUAGCUUGAUAGCCUGGCUCCCUGGUUAUUUUUUUAUAUAAAUACUGCAAGCAAAAUAAGAAAAUCUUUAGCCUCUAAAAUAGCACAUUUUACCUGAUGGCUGACCCGUACCUAUGUUCAGAGCCAGGGGUAAUAAAAAAAGUCAAUGAAGAAACAACCUGCUGGAGUUACUUCCCUCUUAAUGAAUAAACAUAUAUAUGUAGAACAAACAUAGGGACGGGAGCCAGUCUAGUAGCUUAUAUAAAUAUAAGCUUUGGCUUGGUGUCUUUACGAAGUAACAAAGAGUUAUGGCUCUUCAAUAAACUUGUAUUAAAUUGUGUCCCACAGUGCUCAUAAAGUAUGUGACCAGUAUGCAUCAAAUUUUACAAACAUAAUAAUUGUUUCAUUAACAAAUAUUACCUUGUGAACAGGGAUUUGUGAUUUUCUAACUACUUAUAUACAUAAAUACAUUGUAUAAGCUGCUGGAACUAGUCAUUAAAAAUAUAUAGAAGAUACCAGUCUGUUUCGGAAUUCCGAUUUGUUUGAUGAAUAUGCAUAAGUCUUGUAUAACUGGAGACACACCUCUCUAAAACAAAUAAUUGUUGCUUUGUCAACAAAUUACGUAUGGACAUGCACUACAGUGACAGUUGUGGAGGAUGCAGAUUCAUCCUUUCUUAUCACUUUCUUAUGUUAUCCCAUAUUGUUUCUCAGAGUUCAAGGACAAUUCCUACCUCAAUUAUUCAGUUAUGCCUUUCAUUUUGUUUAUCCGUACUGUUCAUUAAAAGACAUGACCACCCAUUCUUCUCUGUAACCCACUUUUGUCUUUUGGCAAAUAUGUGGCAAACAGUCAAGCCCACGUUCCUUCUGAAAUUUAACAUUGAUGAUGGUACAGAUUACUGUUGUGUUGAUAAACACCCCUUUUAAUAAAAAAGUGUACAUAGUGAAGGAGGCAUGGUUGUCCUAUAACUUUUACUCUUCAUAUGCAAGCUCUUUUUGCUAGCAACACUGUAAUGUAAUAUACUGAAAUAAUUUUAUCCGUUUUAAAAGAAGUAUACAUAUUUUGUUUGGCCCGCCCGCUUAGCUCAGUAGGUAAGAGCGUUGGUCUACGGAUCGCGGGGUCGCGAGUUCGAUCCUCGGGCGGGGCGUAUGUUCUCCGUGACUAUUUGAUAAACGACAUUGUGUCUGAAAUCAUUAGUCCUCCACCUCUGAUAAUUCAUGUGGGAAAGUUGGCAGUUACUUGCGGAGAACAGGUUUGUACUGGUACAGAAUCCAGGAACACUGGUUAGGUUAACUGCCCGCCGUUACAUGACUGAAAUACUGUUGAAAAACGGCGUUAAAACCAAAACAAAACAACAAAAAAAACAUAAUUUGUUUGAAAAAAUGUUUA